AUGGGAGUUGACGUUGAUCACAACAUAUUUUGGGAAGGACAAACGUAUAAGGUCAAGGUGGUACAAGAAAUUAGUUCCAAUGAAAAAAUUAGAAAGCUGCUGCUAGAGACGAAGGAUACAAAGGUUUCAAGAAUCAAUCUUACUAGUCUUCCUGGCGGAUCUGAUGCAUUUGAACUUGCUGCAAAGUUCUGCUAUGGAGUGAACGUUGAGAUUUCCAUAUCAAACGUGGCGUUACUCAGAUGUGCAACCAGGUUCAUGAAAAUGACAGAAGAUAUCUCCGAGAAAAAUCUGGAAAUUCGUACUGAGGUAUUCCUUAAGGAUGCGGUAUUUUCAAACAUAUCUAACUUGAUAUCUGUUCUUCAUUGCUGUGAAACAUUACUACUGAUAUCUGAAGAAGUCAAUCUUGUUAGCCAGUUAACAAACCCAAUUGCAAACAAUGCCUGUAAAGAGCAGCUAACAUUUGGUUUGUCAAAGCUAGAGUAUAAUUUUUCACCCAAACCUGUUCAGUGCAUUGAUUCUGAGACACCAUCAGCCUGGUGUGGAAAAUCUCUCGCGGUGCUAAAUCUGGAUUUCUUUCAGAGAGUUCUAUCGAAAAGACAAAGGAUCAUCGUCGAAACAAUAGCUGGCUUACUACCAACACAAUCCAGGAAAAGCACAGUGCCAAUGGCUUUUCUUUCAAGUUUGUUAAAAUCUGCAAUAGUAGCAUCAACAUCGACUUCCUGCAGGUCUGAUCUAGAGAUGCGCAUUG